AAAACGCUAUCAGGCAAUUUACAGAGUUUUUUAAACCUAUUUCACCAUGAAGGCGUUUGUUCUGGCUUGCGUUUUGGGAGUUUCACUUUUGGCAACGUUCGCUCAUGGUUGCUCGGACAAUAAUAGAGGAUGUCCAACAUGGGCCAAGAGAGGAUAUUGUAAAUCAGGGUCAUACGUAACCUGGAUGAGCAGAAAUUGCCAGAAGAGUUGUGGUAUCUGUGGAGGAGGUGGCUCAGGAGGGAGUGGUGGUAGCGGUGGAUCAGGUCAGUGUGGGUUCAAACCUAAUGUACGAAUUGUCGGUGGAACCGAAGCCCCAAAAGGAGCUUGGCCAUGGCAAGCGCAGAUCAGAACUACUUCUGGAUUUUCCUUCUGUGGUGGCACUUUAGUUCAUCCUCAAUGGGUUGUCACUGCAGCUCAUUGUACUGCCGGCAAAUCUGCCUCUAGCAUUCGUGUUAGACUUGGAGCUCACUAUCGAACAGGUAACGUAGGCACCGAACAAGACUUCCAAGUGGCCAGGAUCGUCAACCACCACAGCUACAAGAGACCCUAUGGCAUGGCUCAUGAUAUCUCGUUAUUAAAACUGCACAAACCUGCUCGGGUCAACAAAGCUGUUGGACUGGCUUGCUUACCAUCAUCUAGUGGAAGUGUUGCUAAUGGCAAACAAUGUUGGGUUACAGGUUUUGGAAGACUCUCUUCAGGUGGUUCCUCACCUCGUGUCCUCAUGCAGGUCUCUGUGCCAGUCGUCAGCCAGUCCACAUGUAAAAGAGCCUAUGGUAGCUCUAUCCAUGACUCUAUGGUCUGUGCUGGUUUCGCUCGAGGUGGCAAGGACUCUUGUCAGGGAGAUUCAGGAGGUCCCCUGGUGUGUGAGGCAGGUGGCAAGUACUACCUUGAGGGGGUAGUGUCGUGGGGCCAUGGUUGUGCUGCUCCUGGAAAAUACGGAGUGUAUGCACGAGUACGUUACUUGAGGCAAUGGGUAGAUAGCACCAUGAGCCGAUGCUGUGACGACAUAGACGUUCGCUGCCCCGGCUAUGCCAGAAGGCAAUUCUGUAAAAUUGGUGGUCUUGUUCAGUACAUGAAGACAAACUGCAAGAAGAGUUGUGGACUAUGUGAAGAUGGCGGCGGUCCUGGUGGCUCAGGCGGUUCUGGAGGAUCUGGUGGUUCUGGUGGCUCAGGGGGGUCUGGUGGAACCGUAGCACCAGGUCAGUGUGGAUUCAAACCCAAUGCACGUAUCGUUGGUGGAACAGCUGCACCAAAAGGAGCUUGGCCAUGGCAUACAAUGCUUCGGUCACGCUAUGGCUCAGCUAGAUGUGGAGGAACGUUAGUCCAUCCACAGUGGGUUGUCACUGCAGCACACUGCGUUAAAGACGAGUAUUUUCCUAUGCAUUUUCUUGUGAGGCUUGGAGCACAUCUGCGCAAAGGGGAAGUUGGUACAGAACAAGAUUUCAAAAUUGCUAAGGUUAUUCGGCACAAUAACUACCAAAAGCCCUAUGGAAAAGCCAACGACAUCGCCUUAAUAAAACUAGAUAGGCCUGCCCAGAUAAACAGAGCUGUCGGGCUGGCAUGCUUGCCACCAUCGAGUGGGAGUGUGGAAGAUGGCAAGAACUGCUGGGUUACAGGAUUUGGAAGACUUUUUUCUCAUGGACUUGCUGCGCCUAAAGUACUCAUGCAGGUCUCUGUCCCAGUAGUAAAUCAAGCCAAAUGCAUCAACGCGUAUGGAGCUGAAUUAAUUCACGGCUCAAUGAUCUGCGCCGGUCUUGACCAGGGUGGCAAGGACUCUUGUCAGGGAGAUUCAGGAGGUCCCCUGGUGUGUGAGGCAGGUGGCAAGUACUACCUUGAAGGGGUAGUGUCGUGGGGACAUGGUUGUGCUGCUCCUGGAAAGUACGGAGUAUAUACACGAGUUCGUCACAAAGUCUGCCUUCUGCAUUUAAACAGGCCAAAACUUGCGACAGUACUUUUAUAUAAAAGAAAAAAAGAAUGCAGUUAUUUUACAUUGUUUUUCACAAUGAGGUCGUCACUACUGCUCUGUGCAUUUGCAGUAUCCAUUUUCGCAAGUUUUGCACAAGGAUGUGUGGACAAUGAUAAUCGCUGUGCAAGUUAUGCCCAAAGAAACUUUUGCAAAUUCGGCAGUCUGGUGCCGUGGAUGAAAAAGAACUGCAAGAGGAGUUGCAAUAUCUGUGAAGGUGGCAGUACUGGUGGAGGUUCAGGCGGAUCUGGAGGAUCGGGUGGUUCUGGAGGUUCUGGUGGCUCAGGAGGGUCUGGUGGCACCGUGGUUCCAGGACAGUGUGGAUUCAAACCCAGUGCACGUAUUGUUGGAGGUACAGAGGCACCACAGGGAGCUUGGUCAUGGCAUGCAAUGCUAAGAAUCGCUUUUAACGGUUUACCUUUCUGUGGUGGCACAUUAGUGCAUCCAAACUGGGUUAUCACUGCAGCCCAUUGUGUACGAAGCAGGGGCCCAAAAGAUGUUAUUGUAAGGCUUGGAGCUCAUCGUCGCCGCGGCACAGUUGGAACAGAGCAAGAUAUCAAAGUCACGAAGGUUUUGUUGCAUGAAAGCUACCGAAAACCCUACGGGAUAGCCCACGAUAUUGCCUUGCUAAAACUGGAAAGACCCGCCCAGAUUAACAGAGCUGUUGGACUGGCUUGCUUACCAUCAUCUAGUGGAAGUGUUGCUGAUGGCAAGCACUGUUGGGUUUCAGGAUUUGGAAGACUGUCUCAGAAUGGCAACAGACCUACAGUCCUCAUGCAAGUCUCAGUACCAAUCGUCAAUCAAGCUAAAUGCACACAAGCCUAUGGAAGCAAACUGAUCCAUGAGUCGAUGAUUUGUGCUGGACUUGACCAGGGUGGCAAAGAUGCUUGUCAGGGCGACUCAGGAGGUCCCAUGGUGUGUGAGGCAGGUGGUAAAUACUACCUUGAGGGGGUGGUGUCGUGGGGCAAAGGAUGUGCAGUUGCGAAACAGUAUGGAGUGUACGCACGAGUCCGCUACUUGAGACAAUGGGUUAACCAAAAGAUCAGCAGCAACUACAGAGUUUCCAUUGCGUGCACAAUGAAGUUUUCUGUUCUUCUUUGCUUUCUUGGAGUGGCUGUUCUGGCAAGCUUCGCACACGGUUGUACGGAUUUGGACAGCCGCUGUCCAGCUCGGGCAAGCAGGCACUUUUGCAAAUAUGGAUCUUUAGUGACAUGGAUGAAAAAGAAUUGUCAGAAAAGCUGCGGGCUCUGUGAUGGAAUUGGUGGCGGUUCUGGAGGAUCGGGUGGUUCUGGAGGAUCUGGUGGUUCUGGUGGCUCAGGGGGGUCUGGUGGAACCGUAGCACCAGGGCAGUGCGGAAUUAAACCCAGUGCACGAAUCGUCGGUGGAACUGAGGCACCAAAAGGAGCUUGGCCAUGGCACGCAAUGCUCAGAACCCUUUCCAACUUCCCAUUCUGUGGUGGAACUUUGAUUCAUCCACAAUGGGUGGUCACUGCAGCUCAUUGCGUGGCCAAGAAGUCUGCUUCUAGCAUUCGUGUGAGACUUGGGGCACAUCGGAGACGAGGAGACGUAGGAACAGAGCAAGACUUUCAAAUCACCCGAAAGAUCUCCCAUGAAAGCUACAGAAAGCCAUACGGGAUAGCCCACGAUAUUGCCUUGCUAAAACUGCACAAACCUGCUCAGAUUAACAAAGCUGUUGGACUGGCUUGUUUACCAUCUUCUAGUGGAAGUGUUGCUGAUGGCAAGCACUGUUGGGUUUCAGGAUUUGGAAGGCUGUAUCAGAAUGGUGCAUCACCAACGGUCCUCAUGCAAGUCUCAGUACCAAUCGUUAAUCAAGCCAAAUGCACAAAAGCCUAUGGAAGCAAUCUGAUCCAUGACUCGAUGAUUUGUGCUGGUCUUGACCAGGGUGGCAAAGAUGCUUGUCAGGGUGACUCAGGAGGUCCCAUGGUGUGUGAGGCAGGUGGCAAAUACUACCUUGAGGGGGUGGUGUCGUGGGGCAAAGGAUGUGCAGUUGCAAAACAGUAUGGAGUGUACGCACGAGUCCGCUAUUUGAAGCAAUGGGUUGACAAGAUAAUUAGCAGCAACAUCAUAAUGUGCUGGGUUUCCUCUCUGAAAACAUUUGAGUUGUGGGGAGAAAAUAUCCAAUGUAGUGGACAAGGAUGUUCGGACAACAACCGACAUUGUAGUUACUGGGCCGGAAGAGGAUACUGCACUGGGCAAUUCGAAUCAUACAUGAAGCUAAACUGCAAGAAAACCUGUAAACUUUGCGGCGGAGGAGGAGGAGGGGGAGAUGGAGGAACUGGCGGUAGCGGUGGAUCAGGUCAGUGUGGGUUCAAGCCUAAUGUUCGAAUCGUCGGUGGAGCUGAAGCACCAAAAGGAGCUUGGCCAUGGCAAGCACAGGUCAGAACGACUUCUGGCUUUACUUUCUGUGGUGGCACCUUGGUUCAUCCACAGUGGGUUGUCACUGCAGCUCAUUGUACUGUCCGCAAAUCUGCCUCAAGUAUCAGAAUAAGACUCGGAGCUCAUUAUCGAUCAGGUGCAACAGGCACCGAACAGGACUUCCAAGUGGAGAGGAUCGUUAACCAUCACAGCUACAAGAGACCCUAUGGCAUGGCUCAUGAUAUCUCGUUAUUAAAACUGCACAAACCUGCUCGGGUCAACAAAGCUGUUGGACUGGCUUGCUUACCAUCAUCUAGUGGAAGUGUUGCUAAUGGCAAACAAUGUUGGGUUACAGGAUUUGGAACACUUUCUUCUGGUGGUUCUUUAUCCAAGGUACUCAUGCAGGUCUCUGUGCCAAUCGUCAGCCAGUCCACAUGCAAAAGAGCAUACAGCUCUAUUCAUGACUCUAUGGUCUGUGCUGGUCUCGCUCGAGGUGGUAAGGACUCUUGCCAGGGAGAUUCAGGAGGUCCCAUGGUGUGCGAAAUGGGUGGCAAGUACUACCUUGAGGGGGUAGUGUCGUGGGGUCAAGGAUGUGCUUCACCCGGAAAGUACGGAGUAUAUGCAAGAGUACGUUACUUGAGGCAAUGGGUAGAUAGCACCAUGAGCCGAUACUAAAACUACCAGUAUGAUAUACUCAUUAAAAUAAACAAAUAAACUUGAGAAUCGAUAAAA